AUGGAUAUCGACGCCAAAUACGACCACUAUGACUUCCCCUAUGAGGCUAAGGAACCUCAAAUUGGGCACGCCGGUCACCUCGAUGCCGCACAGAUUGCUCAGGUUCACCAGCUGCGCAUGAUGCUUGAGGCUGAGGGCCUGACGGAACGUCUGGACACGCUGACUCUGUUCGAUGUCAACCUUUCCAAGCAGAUGUUCGUCGACACCGAAAAGUGGCGAAAGGAGACCGACCUCGACAACACUAUCGCCACCUGGGACUACCCCGAGAAGGCCGAUAUUCAACAAUACUACCAGCAGUUCUACCACAAGACCGACAAUGAUGGCCGCCCCAUCUAUAUUGAAACGCUUGGCGGCAUCGACCUGACCGCCAUGUACAAGAUCACCACCGGCGAGCGCAUGCUUCACAACCUGGCCGUCGAAUACGAGCGCCUCGCCGAUCCUCGGCUGCCCGCCUGCUCCCGCAAAGUCAACAACCUCACCGAGACUUGCUGCACCAUCAUGGACCUCAAGGGUGUCACCCUGACCAAGGUCCCCUCGGUCUACUCGUAUGUCAAGCAGGCCUCGGUCAUUUCACAAAACUACUACCCCGAGCGCCUGGGCAAGUUGUUCCUCAUCAACGCCCCCUGGGGCUUCUCGACCGUCUGGAGUGUCGUCAAGGGCUGGCUCGACCCCGUCACCGUCAAGAAGAUCCACAUUCUCGGUGGUGGCUACAAGAGCGAGCUGCUCAAGCACGUCCCCGCCGAGUCCCUGCCCAAGGAGUUUGGCGGCACCUGCGCGUGCCCCGGCGGCUGCGAGAACAGCGACGCUGGCCCCUGGAAGGAGCCCGAGUGGGCUCGUCCCGCCAAGUGGGAGACGGCUGUCACCAACGAGCCCUCGACCGUAACCAAGCCCGCCGAAGACGAGAAGGCCGGCGUCGCCGCCCCUGUUGAGGAGGACAAGAUUGCCGCUGCCACCGCUACUGCUUAA